AUGAACAUGGAUGAUCCUGAAUCGGCAAUUGAAUCAGCGCCCUCACAUUCAGAGUUACAGCCGAAUGAUCUGCAGGAUCAGGACAGGGACCGUGAUCAGCAGCAAAAAGCACCAUCAUUAAACCUCAUCGCUGAAAAUCAAAUCAUUCAGCCUGAUAAUGACAUAAACAACCAAAACUCUUCUACCACCAGACAAAAUUACUACACAUCUGCACAAUGGACUGCCGAUGGAACAUCGCUCAUUGUAUCAUCUGCCAUAAACUCAAUAUCCACCUUUGUCCUCCCUGAAGAUCUCCUCGACCCAUCAGCUUCGCGCCCACGACAUCUCGAGUGUCAAUCCUCAAUAUCACUCCCUGAGCCCUCUCAAACGAUCAUCCCGGCGCCCUUUUACUCUUUAGCUGAGCCAACCUCGCAAACAGUCCUCGUAGGAUGUCGCGAUCACCCUGUCCAGCUCUAUCAUCUCUUCCCUCCAGAUGAUGAUGGCCUCGCGUCGCGUUCUGCCCCACUUGCUUCGUAUAAAUUAAUUCGUUUCGAAACAGAAGAGUAUAUCACGCCCUCGUCUAUCCUCUGGGAUGCACCUGGGACGCAUUUCCUCGUCGGCUCAACCAACCGGCUUGAUUACUUUGACAUGACUCGACCAGGAUCAGAUGGUCCGAUACUUACUAUACCCACCAUCCCUUCUAGACGUCAUAUACGGAAGGGAAAUGGAGUUGGUAUGAAGGGCACUGUCGCUGCUCUCGCUUCCUCGCCUGUGGAUGGUAACGGGAGCUCUAUUAUUGCUGCAGGGACAUGGACGCGGUGGAUGGGAUUGUAUGAUGUGCACCGCUCAGACAAGGUUAUUGCAAAUUGGUCUCUUCCUCGCUCUGAGGACAUACCGGGAGGAAUAGGAGGCCAGGGAAUUGUUCAGGUCCGUUGGAGUCCAUGCGGCCGAUACAUGAUCCUCAACGAGCGCCAUGCCUCUGGUUUGAUUGUGUAUGAUGUCCGCGGAACAGGCGAACUCCUCUGCACCCUUCGAGGUCGGAGCGCACCUACACAGCAGAAGAUGAGGGUGGAUGUCUUUUCUGGCGAUCCCUAUGCUGAGUUCCCAUCCUUCGAGGUCUGGGCAGGGACACAAGAUGGUGGUGUUGCGGUGUGGGAAGGUGUUGGCUCUCAAACUGGUGUUGUAGAUCCAUCAUGGACAUGGAAGCCCCAUGAUGCGCCGGUAGGAAGCACUGCUUUGCAUUCGAGCGGUUCUGUAGUUGCAACGUGCUCAGGAGGAUGGGGGUUUAGAAAUUCGUCAGAAACCAAGACAGUGUUUGACGAGUCUAGUGUCAAGAUCUGGACUAUAGGAGGUUGA